GGGAAAUGACCGAGGUGUUUCGAAUAAAACCAAGGUCAUGCGAUGUUUAUGGGAACAUAAAUAGGAAGCUACGCACGCACGAUAAUUGACAUCCUUGGGUCGAGAACUUUCUCAAGAAGAACAUUCAACAUGAACAAGGAACGUAUUUUAAAUGGAAUUCCAAAUGACAAGAAUUUUUAUGGAUACAAUUCUACGAAUAUUAUUUGAUUUUUGAGUUGUAAACAAAAACUUAAAACUGGACAUUCAGGUGAAAACGAGAAGUCCACCAGUGACCAUUGACAAUGUCUCAGUCAAUUUCAUCCACUGAAAGUGAUGGGGACAUCAUAUUGUAUCCGUUAACCUACUUCAGUGACGAUGAAGAGGAACAAGACCAAGAUGAGAGUUCUAAUGAUGCCUCCGAUGAGAGAGAGUCUGAAAAUGAAGUGGAGGAAAACAAACCGAAAGCGCAUAUGACGCUUCGACAGAGGCGACUCUCUAAAUCGUACUCCCCUCUGGCCAAUUUAAAACUGAAAGUAAAAGCUGGCAAUACCCGUGCUCAUAAUCACUGGAUUUCAGCAAUCAGAAAAGCAAAGGAUUUGUCCGACCCCUGGGCCACUUUUCACAUUGAAGACAUAGUUACAGAGACUUGUAUAAGACAUAGGUAUAACCCACAUAGAAAAACAUGGACUAAAGAUGAAGUUCAAAUCAAGAUGAUGCAAAAGCCCUUCAAUCGUGGUGCAAUGAGACAAUGUUAUAGGCUGAAGAAGAUCUCGACAUUCUCACGUAGUGGUGACUGGAGAAAUGCACAGAAUUACGUUGCAAAGCGAUACAUUGAAGACGUGGAUCGGGAGGUUUAUUUCCAAGAUGUCCGUCUGCAGAUGGACGCGAAAGUCUGGGGGGAGGAAUAUAACAGACACAACCCCCCAAAGAAGGUGGACAUCUUUCAGAUGUACAUUCUGGAGUUUAAGGAUAGACCGGGAGAGCCCCUGUAUCAUUUGGAACACUUCAUUGAGGGAGAGUAUAUCAAGUAUAACUCUAAUUCGGGGUUUGUGGACGAAAAUCUGCGCUACACUCCUCAGGCAUUCAGCCAUUUUACCUUUGAGCGUUCAGGCCACACCUUGAUUGUGGUGGAUAUUCAGGGGGUGGGGGAUCUAUACACAGACCCCCAGAUACACACAGUGGGGUCAGGUGAAUAUGGGGAUGGAAAUCUCGGAGCUAAGGGUAUGGCUCUGUUCUUCCACACCCAUACCUGUAAUGACAUCUGUCACAGCCUCAAUCUCACCGAGUUCGACUUGUCCCCAAAAGAGAUUACAUCAAACAAAGAUUUUCUGAGGGCACAGAGGAAGUCGAUGAUGAAGACAAAAGUCCGAGGAGAAGUAGAACAGUGCCUCUCUCUGUCUCCGUCUACGGAGAAAAUCGACAUCACAAGAUUCCUUGAUCGCCAGCGGUCAUCUUCCUCCGUGCUCAGCGACGGUCACACACCACCGACUGACCCGGAAAGCACCAGCAAUGACGAGGAACCAAUGUCUCUGGAUAGCCCCAGCCCAAGGCCAUUCGGGGUCAGAUUUAGGUCACCCAGUGACACAGAUAGCCAGUCAUCAUCCUUGACAAAAGAGGGAUCCAGAAUAAAAUGUGAAAGAUUCACGGUUAUAGAGGAGGAGAGGGCAGAGUUCAAUAGGAUGGCGAGUCAGCAUGCCAGGCCCUCCUGUGUGGCCCUGGAGAAGGACUUCCGAAAACUGAUGAACCACAAGAUUGGAGACUCUAUACUGGGCAAAGUUCACCAUGAGAUGGCUAAAUACCACGAGGUGGGAAAGUUUGUCGUUGGUAAAUCAGUUUAUGACGAGAAUGAAAUUGACUGGGAGUCAGCCAUCUUCCACGAGGAGCAUGCAGCAGAGCUAGGAGAGCUGGAGGCCAUGGUAACCAUGGCUAAACUGUAUCUGGGAAUCGACAGGGACGUCCUGGUCAACUGCGUUGUGGAGCCAACUGAAGAGCACACUAAUAGAGGGGUGGACUUCAUGGUAGAGGCUGCAGAAGCAGGUGACAGGGGGGCUAUGGUGUACAUGGCCAGGGCUUUUGAGACGGGGCAGGGACUGGGAACUUGCAGGUCCAUUUCCUGGGAGGAUGCAGUGUAUUGGUAUGAGCAGGCAGUGAAGACCCAGGAUAAUGAUGAAGGGGGACAGUACGACUGUACCAUCAAUGAUCCUGCCUACCAACUGAUGGCGAAGCAGGCAGAGCUGUAUAGACAGGGAGGACAUGGGUUACAGAAGGACCCCCAGAGAGCAGGAGAACUGUAUAAUGAGGCAGCAGAAGUUGCUAUGGAAGCCAUGAAGGGUCGUCUGGCCACCAAGUAUUUCACCCUGGCCGAGGAGGCAUACGGUGAAAUGGAGGAGGACAAGGAGGAAACCACUGGGUAGGACUGGGAGGAGUGGGAGGAAACACCAGGAGGAAGGGGCCCCAAGUGGGGGAUUUAUAGUUCUGUAGAAAAGAAACAAUGUACAGUGUAAAUUAACAUUUUAUUUUUGAAGGUUGUACACUGUCUUUUGUCAGUGUUCUGUUAACUUGGAACAUGACAAUAGUGGUCAGUAUAGCGUAAAACAGUUUUCACAUUUGUAAAUCAGAACUUUUUUCAGUUCAGAUAAUAUGUCAUAUGCAACUCUUUCUUUAAAACCAAGAAACCUCAUACUGAACUAAUGUUCCAAACAUUUUCCAAACAUUUUUGUGAAAACAUUGAAAUCUUGUUUUGUUAUGAUAUUUUUUUUCUUCUUUUUUCUGUUUUUUUGAUCUCGAACUUGACAUCAAGUUUUUGUCUUUGAGGGAUUUUAGUAUUAGGAAAUAUUUUAUUUUUUGUGCUCAGUAAGUACUGUGUGUUAAAUUUUGUGUAUUUUAUUAGAAAUCAGUGUUUUUGUAUGUUGUCAUUGGUGUCUUUAAUUGUACAGGUACAUGAAUCUAUCUUAAUUGUUUCAAUAUUUUACGUGUUCUGUAAAGUGGGAAAUCCAAUGUUUUAGCAGUAAAUUUUAUCAUAGUAAGUUCUAGUUAAUAGUUUACAAAUUAGUCAAGAUUUGAAAAAAAAAGUUCGUAUUCUUAUUUGCUCAUACUUUUCCCUCUUACUUAAUUUUUUUUAAACAUUUUUCAAAAAAUGUUUUACAAGAAGGCUCCAUUAAUUCUCUGUUGUUAGUCAAGUUACGUCAUUUAUUUUUGUAUGUUGUUUAUUUUUUAAUGAUUUUACAGCUGUUUAUGCAUGUUGCCUCGCUUUUCACCUAUUAACUGCAUGAUAUUUUUUUCUUGCCUGAUUUAAUUGAGUCAUAGAAGCAAAUUUGGUUGUUAUAAGAAUACAUAGGUUCCUUACUAGUCAUUUUAAAAUCACUACAAUUUAAAUGUAGGUUUAAUUUUGUGUGUUCAACUAACAGAAUCAUUGGUAAUUAUUGUUAAAAUAGAAAUGUGUUCAAUACUAUUUAAUACUUAAAGAACAAUUUCUUAUGAGAAAUAUUUUUUUACAUUUUCUACUUUUUUUAAUGUGACACAAUCAAACAAGAAUAAAAAAGGCAAGUAUUUGCUUUCAUAUUGACAUUAAUUAUGCAACACUGAGUCCUGCUUUUCUUAUAAAUUUUUGUGAUAAAUUUUCUGUUGUGAAUUUGUGUGUUUAACAGUCUUUCAUAUCCAAUACUUUUCCCCUCAAAAUUUGCUGUGAUUUAAUUUUUUUUUUUUCUUGUCACUUUCAACCAAUAAUAAUACUCUCCCUUUAUGCAAUAAGCAUUUUUUUUAAUUAAUAUUUUAUUUUUAAAACUGUGGGGUUUUUUGCCACUUGCAUGUACAUCAAUUGGAAUUGGGGGGGUUUACUGUAAACCAAGUUUUAUUCGCGACAACUUUAUUUUGCGAUUUACUUGUUGAAAAUUAGUUUGCGACAUAAAUAUUGGAGACCAAGCCUUUUUUCGAACCUCGCAAAAAUUUCUCGCACACGAAUAAAAGUUGGUUUACAGUAUAUGGUGUCAGGCUUCAGCAUUUGUAAAAGCAAGGAUAGACAGAUUUGUCUUCAUCCAGAAAGCAGGAUAUAAAUGUACGUUUAUAUUUUACUUCAAUGUAACAACUUAGUGCAGAAAUCUUGGAGGGGUGCAUUGUACAGAUUUGGAAAAUCUUACAUAGUCCUGUUUAGAAAAUUGAUUCGUACAUUUCUAACACUCAGAAGUUUUGUGAUGUAUAUAUAACGAUUAGUUUGUACUAAAACCAUUUUUCCUUUUUCAACAAAACCAUGUAGCCACUGAAUACUAGUAUAAAGAUCUAGAAACAUUGUUGAUGCAUUUGUGCCAUUAGUAAAUAGUUUUGUCUUUCCUUAGUAUUACAGUAUUCCCGAAGUUAAUUUAGUAUUCCGAGAUUCAAGUGAAGUUUUCUAUUCACUCUAAAUGAAAUAGUCGUAUACUGUGCUUAGGGCUUAAUACAUUGUUUUAAUGUGGCGUGUCUUCAGGUUUCAGUCGCUUCUAAACAGAUUAACUUGUUUAUUGAUGCUUGUUGGUCUGUUUGUGUGGAAUAGGCUGGAAGACAUGCCAAACAUUCAUUGUAUCAAUUCAAUCCAUGCAUACACAUUAUUAAUACAUGAAAUUACUGUUAAACAUGCAUAAUGUUUUAAAAACAGCUGUUUACUUGACUUUUAUUUCACAAUAAAUGUUAAACUGUUA